GUCAAUAGAAAAACUGCCAAACGUAAACAUAAUUCAUAUUCUAUUGAACAAAAGAAACAAGUUGUUGCUUAUGCAAAAGAAAAUAGAAGGAAUAAAGCUGCAAAUGCUUUUAAUCUUGACCGUAGUAUGGUGGGCCGUUGGAUUAAAGCAAAUAGAUUAUGGAUAACUGGGAUGAACCAAAGCAUCAAGCGAAUUGAACAGAGAAAACAAGGAUUGGGUGUUACCUUCGACUUUGCACGUAUUGAAAUAUUUAAAAUUUUAAAAGAACCAGAUAUGAGAGAUCUUUAUGGCAACUCAGCGAAAAAUUUUAAAGCAUCACAUCGUUGGAUGUUUGCAUUUAUGAAAAAAUAUGAUCUAUCUCGAUGGCAACAUGGAACAAAAUUUUCUUCUAUUUGUAUCUUUAAAGAAAAACAAUUACCACAUGGUAAAAAUAUUCUACCUGGAGUUAUUGCUUGGUUUCAGUAUAAUGGUUGGAUGGAUACUAGCUUGAUGAUACGAUAUAUUGAUUAUCUCAAUAAUAUGAAAAUUAAUAAUGAAUAUGAGAUCCCGACGAUGAUAGUAUAUGACCUUUUUAGUAGAUAUUUUGAAGAUUUCGUUAAGGAUAGAUUUCAGAAUAGUGGUAUUAAUUUAGUAGUAAUCCCAGGCGGUUUGACUAGCAUUUGCCAACCACUUGACAUUGCAGUUAAUAAACCAUUUAAAGACAAUCUUCGCAAAAAAUGGCAUCUCUGGAUGUCAAAAGGUGGUGCUGGAGUGACUAAAGCUGGAAACCUUCGACAUGCUAGGAUAGUUAUUGAUAUUAGCAAAAAUAUUGAAAUCAUAAAUAUUAGCGAAGAUGAAAGUAUUGAAAUCAUUGAUAUUAGCAAAGAUAUUGAAAUAAUAAAUGUUAGUGAAGAUGAAGAUAUUGAAAUCAUUGAUAUUAGCAAAGAUAUUGAAAUCAUGAAUGUUAGCGAAGAUAAAGGUAUUGAAUUUAUUGAUAUUAGAGAAGAUAUUAAAAUCAUAAAUAGCGAAGAUAAUAAUAUUGUAAAUCUUAGCAAGAUAUUAAAAUUAUGG